GAUCGCCUUUGAGCUGAAAUCGGAUGAAAUAAUUGCGUCUAUUUUUUUUAGUUAUUAAUCGAUUGCUUCAUUUAUAAAUACCUUUUACUUUCAUAUGGAGUGUAAAGAAAUGCAUCCACGCCGAGGAAGAAAAAGGCAAGGGCCGGCCUGGCUCUUUGUCUUUUGGUGUUUUUUCCUAAAUGGAACGCAGGGGCAAAUCCGCUACUCAAUCCCAGAGGAGAUGAAAAAAGGCUCGCUCAUCGGAAAUGUGGCCCAAGAUCUCGGUUUGGAUUUGAAAAGACUCCGUUCUGGGCGGGCCCGCAUCGUGACAGGGGACAACGUCCAGUACGCCGAGCUGAGGGCGGACAAAGGGCUCCUGGUUGUCCACGAGAGGAUAGAUCGAGAGCAGCUGUGUGGAGACGUGACGCCGUGCAGCUUCACCUUUGAGAUCUUAUUGGAAAACCCCAUGGAAUUGCAUCCCGUGACCAUCGAAGUAUUGGACGUAAAUGACAAUGCUCCCACUUUCAAAAACAAUUAUUUGCGAUUUGAAAUUAGCGAGUCUGCUGUAAUUGGGUCUCGGUUUGUUUUAGAAAGUGCACAUGAUGCUGACGUGGAUGCAAAUAACGUACAAAAUAAUAUUUUAACUCCGAGUGAUAAUUUCGUUUUAAAACAACACGCUAGUCCGGGGGGCAAAAAACAUGCAGAAAUGGUUCUUCAGAAAGCUUUAGACAGAGAAGCACAGCCGCGACUCUCCUUAAAAUUGGUGGCUGUAGAUGGUGGAAAUCCACAGAGAUCAGGUACAGUAAAUAUAGAAAUUAUAAUUUUAGAUUCAAAUGAUAAUGCUCCCGUCUUCAAUCAAACAAUUUAUAAAGCAAAGGUAUUUGAAAACGCACCAGAAGGCACACAUGUUCUAACUGUGAAUGCCACUGACGCAGAUAGUGGUUCGAAUGGAAGAAUAGCAUACUCAUUUUCAAAAUACAAUACAGAAAUAGCGGAUUUAUUUCUUAUAAAUGAGUUGACAGGGCGCAUUGUUAUAGCAAAACAAAUAGAUUAUGAAAAAGAGAAAUCAAUACAGUUCAUGGUUGAAGCGAAAGAUGAAGGUGGGUUUGCUGACUCUAGUAAAGUCGAACUUGAAGUAAUUGAUUUAAAUGAUAAUGUUCCAGUCAUUAAUGUAAUGUCCUUUACUAGUCCCGUGUCAGAAGAUGCCCCCGUCGGUGCCACUGUUGGUAUCAUUAAUGUAAAAGACUUGGAUUCUGGUGAAAAUAGUCACGUGAGUUGCGCGAUUGUAGGCCGCGUUCCAUUUAGAAUCAAAUCCAAUGUGAGGAAUUAUUUUGCAUUAAUGACUGACGCUGAUUUAGAUCGUGAAGGGGUGCCAGAAUAUAACAUAACAAUCGUUGCGUCAGAUGCCGGCUCGCCUCCCCUUUCCACAAAAAUAACUUUUAAUUUGAAAGUGUCUGACGUGAAUGAUCACGCUCCUGUGUUUCCAGUCAGUAUAUAUAGCGCACACGUUGCAGAAAACAACUUGCCGGGUGUUUCUGUUUCAAGAGUGAUUGCCAAAGACCCAGAUGAAAAACAGAACGCUCGUGUCUCCUACAUGUUGGAGCGGAGUGAAAUCGGAGGAAGUCCAAUUAGUGAAUUUGUGUCUGUCAAUGCAGAAAGUGGAGUUAUUAGUGCAGUUCGCUCAUUUGACUACGAGCAAAUCAAAGAGCUGACAUUUAUUGUCAGAGCACAGGAUGGAGGCUCCCCUCCCCUCAGCAGCAACAUAAGCGUUCGCAUCCUCAUCCAGGACCAGAACGACAAUGCCCCUCAGGUGUUGUACCCGGUGCAGACGGGCGGCUCACUGCUGGCCGAAAUGGUGCCUCGUUCAGCAGACGUGGGCUAUCUGGUGACCAAAGUAGUGGCCGUGGAUGUGGACUCUGGCCAGAACGCCUGGCUCUCUUAUCAAGUGCACAAGGCCACAGACAGGGCACUGUUUGAAGUGGGCCUCCACAAUGGAGAAAUCCGAACUGUCCGCCAAGUGACUGAUAAAGAUGCUGUCAAACAAAGACUGACUGUUGUGGUGGAGGACAACGGGCAGCCCUCUCGUUCAGCCACAGUCAUUGUGAACGUGGCGGUGGCCGACAGCUUCCCUGAGGUGCUCUCAGAGUUCACUGACUUGAGCAUGCACGACAAGGAGUACAAUGACAAGCUGACUUUUUACUUGGUCUUGGCGCUGGCUGUGGUCUCCUUCCUGUUCGUCACCUGCUUGCUGCUCAUCAUAGCAGUCAAAGUGUACAGGUGGAGACAGUCACGCGUCCUGUACCACUCCAACUUGCCCGUCAUUCCUUAUUAUCCGCCUCGGUACUCGGAGACUUUGGGAACUGGGACCCUCCCCCACGUGUACAAUUAUGAGGUGUGCAGGACCACCGACUCUAGAAAAAGUGACAUGAAGAACAUGCAAGCCAUGAGUCAAAGUUUAGUGAGUGUGGAUGAAGCUGAUGCUAAUAGGCCGCCUCCAAACAAAGAGUUGUCAGGACAUUUUUCUCAGAUGUCAACAAUGGUGAGUGAAAUGUUUUAAAAUGUUUGGGGUGCUUUGUUAGAUAACACAUAUUACUGAAUGUGGGGGCUACAGACUCCUCUCUGGUACAGUAGCUGUGUAAAAAGAUAAUCAAGUGUAACUUGAUGCAGAAAUACAGUGCAAUGUUUUAAUUGUUUGCUCCCAGAGACAAACACACCAACACACAAGCAUAACUUGCCAUUUUUUACGGCAAAACCCCUGUGGUGUCGUAGUCCUGCCUCUAGGAGUACUAUACAGAUAAAGGAGGGGAGUGGAGAAAAGGACAGAGACAUAUAACACGAGGAAGUCGACUAGCGAGCAUGCCGAUGUUGUUGAAUGCUGAGGAAGUUCUAGAAAUAAAUACAAAUUGAACAAACCCAACAGCUUUCUUUUUCCAAUACUCCUCUGAUGGGAGAAAAAAAAAGCUAUCGCUCCCAGUGGCGUAGAAUUUGCUAUAUGGUAACAUAAACAAUGUUGCGUCUUCGUCCAGUUCAACAGCUAAAAAACAAUCCAGGUAUGCCAAGUUUCGAACUCAGUCCUCCAUGCAUGUUCCUGUUUUGU